GCCAUACCAUCUCGCUCAGUAGGGGGAAAAGGAGGUCCCGCGCAGGCGCACACCAACCCUGGCUCCCGAUUGGUUCGGUUUGGGUCAAUGAGAGCGAGGCGGGCGAAACGAAAGCGCUUCUGAGGGAAACGGUUGCUCUGAGGUGAAAUGGAGAGUCCGGGAAAGGAGGCGUCGACACGGUCGCGCAGAAGCCCAUCUCCUCCUCCUCGGUCGUUCUUCCCGGAGACUCCCGGAGACUAUCGGAGCGCCUUCGCCGAGGAGUGUGAGGCAAUAGCACAGAGGCUGGCGGCGGCAGCAGCGGCGAACCCAACUCCUCUCAGGACUCUUCGGCUUCCGUCCACCGUUGAGGCCGAGAGGCUGACGCCGCUGUGGAAAAGCUUUAUUGAGAGCGAGACGUUCACACAUACGCCGCCGCCGUCUCCCUCGAACCCCAACCGCACUUUCUGCGUUGAGGCUUCGGCCUGCUCCUUGGACCUCCAUCGAACUUUUGAAUGGGAGGCCGCGCCCCUGGUCACCUCCACGCCGGCUCCACAGACCGGGGAGGUGACCAGCGGGAGCAGCCUCCCCUUUGAAGAAAGAAAGGGCUCCCCGAGGGCCAAGAAGAGGCGCCUCUCUCCCGGAGGUAGUCCUCCCCGCUGCCAAGCGCCGGAGGGAGCAGCCCUGGGAGGGAAAGGCGCCCCAAGGAAGGCCUCAGGAGGAGGGCCCAAGAAGGAGGAGGGCGCCAGAGUCACCAGGCCCCGCCUGGGCAAGAAACAACUGCCCAGUGGAAUGAAGAAUAAAGUCCUCCAGGAGAAGAAAUCUGCUCCCUUGACCCAGCUUCGUUUAGUGGCCUGUCAGGGUCCAAAGCUUCAAGGGAAUAACAAGCCUUCCAGAAGCAAGCUUCCAGUUCCUGAAGGCCUGGAUGGGAGACGUAUAGAUGGAGCCAUGGUGGCAGCGGGACAGAUCCCCAGGGAUGCUCCAGGCUGUGCAUCUUGUUUGCAGUGUCAACGGCUGCUUAAGGAAAACCAGCGUCUGGCUCAAGAAAACCAGCGUCUGGCUCAAGAAAACCAGCGUCUGGCUCAAGAAAAGCAACAACUUAAAAACAGGCUGGAAAACAUUGAGGGAGGAAAUACAUCUUGAGCGCUGCUUACACAUGUUCCUGCAAGAGAAGAUCAUUGAUAGGAAUUACGUCCCAGGGAAGGUCCGCCAAUAGGGGAGCCCGGUGUCCUCCAUUUUUUCCUCUCCCCACCCCGCCCCUGCAAAAAUGAUGUUUAUUUUUACGCUCUCUUCUUCUGAACCAGCUUUUUUCUCUCAACUUCCUUCCCUCCCCUCCCCUCCCCAUGCCCACUUUUGUUCAGUGUUGCCUGCCACAUCCUCAUCCCCUUUGUCAGGCAGCAGAGUUGAGUUCUGUCUGUCUUCGAUCUCUGUAUAAAAGGUGAGGAGCUGCAAAGAGCUGAACCUGUUGAUGGAUGUGUAGAGCUUGCUGGGAAAAGGAGGCUGAGGGAUACAGUGUGCAGGUGUGGAUGGGGGGGCCGUCUCAAGCCUGUGCAUGUAUGCAGCUAGAGAGCACGUGCAUCAUGAAGGUCCUUCCUCAGCCAUUGUAAAGAUCCCUUUAGCAUUUUACUCCAUUAUGGCAGAAAGCAGCAAAUGUUUACCCUCUGGAAAGGAGGGCAAGGUAGACUAAAAAGAAAAAAAAGCUUGGAAGCACCUUUGAGAGAGCAGUUGCAAAGAGUUUACAAGUGGCCGUUGUCCACAAAUCCAUCAUCCCUGGUAUUUCUGGUCUUCGCUGCUAAUCCUACCCCUAGAAUCUUUUCAGUUUGAUGAGUUGGCAACAGGCAGAAAGGACUUCCUAUCCAGAGGCACUUUCCUGCUGCUUCUAGGAUAUACAAGGCUCUGCAAACAAGUUGUGGAUUCUCAGAAAUGGAAGCUUGUUGAGGUCCGGGCAAAUGAAGCCUUUCUUGGAUUCUUUAGCUGGUUCUUGUUUCUGGAAGUUGCAGGGUGGGCAGUGUUACUCCAGACAGGGGCAGGGAAUAUCACUCUCUCACAGAGCAUGUAUGUAUGUGGGAAUGGGGAGUACCAAGGCAAGUAAUAAAGUGACUUCAACGUUGCCUCUUCUGCACCUUCCGCUGUUCUGCAUGGGCGAUGGAGUGUGACACUGGGGGCAGGAAGGAGAAGCUGCACAUGAAACCCUGCAUGUUUUUGGGGGGGGGGGGGGGGAGGAAGCGAUGGAAAUGCACUCUUUGUUUGUGGGGUGAUUGGAGAGCAGGAAGACUGUUCUCCUCAGCUGCCAAAGCAACUCAUUCUGAAAAUGCUGCCUCAGCGCAAGUUGCUCCCAUCGAAAAGGUUCUCACGUUCCCAUUGGAGGGAGGUUUCCUGCUGUUGCCUGGUGAAUCUGCAUUCGCUGUGGGUUUGUGAAACCCUUUAUUUCAUUUGGUGCACAAGUCAGAAGAUCAAAGGCUCUUGCUGCUGUGUGUGUGUGUGUGUGUGUGUGUGUGUGUGUGUAUAUAUAUAUAUAUAUAUAUACACACAUACAUACACAUACACACACACCUCUAGUGAUGUGGGGCUUUUAAUUCAGCGACCUUAUGUCUUCAGUUGACUGUCCAAUGUAAUAUCCAAGACUUGUUCAUAUUAAACCACUGUGAAGCCGA